UCCUACAAAAAAUUUCAACAACAUUUAUCAUCUUAUCAUCUAUCUCCCCAAACCUCCCUAUACAAAUCCCAAAAGGUCCCAAACCAUUCCCUCACACAACACUCCAAACCCUAAUUAACCCAUCUGUCGUCUCUCUCUCAACAUGAGUUUCUAUAUCUCAAAAUGCUUAUCCUUUUUCUUCAUCAUCAUCACUCCCUUUUACUCCACCUCCACACACGCAGCCACUUUUGAGAUCAAAAACCAAUGCCCUUUCACAGUCUGGGCCGCAGCCGUGCCAGGCGGUGGCCGCCAACUCGACCGCGGCCAAACCUGGACCAUCAACGCCAGCCCCGGCACCAAACAAGCCCGCAUAUGGGCUCGAACCAAGUGCACCUUCGAUGGAGCUGGCCAGGGCCGCUGUGAGACCGGUGACUGCGGUGGACUCCUACAAUGCAAAGCCUAUGGCACACCACCAAACACACUAGCUGAAUAUGCAUUAAACCAAUUCAACAACCUCGACUUCUUCGAUAUCUCAUUAGUCGAUGGAUUCAAUGUGGCCAUGGACUUCAGCCCCGCAAGGGCCGCAGCCGGAAAGUGCCGAGCUAUCAGAUGCGCGGCGGAUAUCAAUGGGCCGUGUCCGAGGGAGUUGAAGGCUGCCGGCGGCUGUAACAACCCGUGCACGGUGUUUAAGACCGAUGAGUACUGCUGCAACUCCGGCAAGUGUGGACCGACCAAUUUCUCGAGGUUUUUCAAGGAGAGGUGUAGAGAUGCAUAUAGUUAUCCCAAGGAUGAUGAAACAAGCACCUUUACAUGCCCUGCCGGAACUAACUACAGGGUGGUGUUUUGUCCUUGAAGCUGCCAUAUAUAUGUGCCUGCGCGUAUAAGAAGAAGAAUAAAUGCAUAAAUAAUAGUAUUAGUAGUACUUAUAAAUAAGACCUCUCUGCCCCAUUUGUGGACGGUACGAACCCGGUGUUACCGAAAACAUGGAUAUGAAAUAAUAUAGAGAUAUAUAUACAUACAUAACAACUUUUUUUUGGUCCAUCUUGCUUGCACGUUAAAUUUUAUGAAUAUUA